GGGAAAGCGCGCGCGCGCCCGUGCGGGGUGUGUGUGUGUGAGUGUGUGACAGUGUGUGUCAGGUGACUUGGGUCACGCAGUCUCUCUCUCCCUCCUCGGGGAGGAACUGCCGCGCUCCGGCUGACUCCUCCGCGGGCAGGCGGGCGGGGCGGGGCAGGGGGCUCUGGGCGCGCUGGGAACCGCGGGACCCAGACCUGGACGCCGCCUGCCGCGGGGGACGCGCGGCCCCCGCCUCCGCCGGCUCCCACGAACCUCCAGACAAAACCCCAAUUCAGAAAGCUGUUGUGAGCGGCAGGCGAGGAGGUUUGGCCCCCACCAGGGACCCCCGCCGCCCCCGGGACGGCCGGCCGUGGGCGCGAUGAGCCAGGUGCUGGGGAAGCCGCAGCCGGAGGACGAGGACGACGACGAGGAGGAGGAUGAGCUGGUGGGGCUAGCGGACUACGGGGACGGGCCCGACUCCUCAGACGCCGACCCGGACAGCGGGGCGGAGGAGGGAGUGCUGGACUUCAGUGAUCCCUUCAGCACCGAGGUGAAGCCGAGAAUCUUGCUCAUGGGCCUGAGGAGAAGCGGCAAGUCGUCUAUUCAGAAAGUGGUCUUUCACAAAAUGUCUCCCAACGAAACCCUGUUCCUGGAGAGCACCAACAAGAUCUGCAGGGAAGAUGUUUCCAACAGCUCCUUUGUCAAUUUUCAGAUUUGGGACUUCCCAGGACAGAUUGACUUUUUUGACCCUACGUUUGACUAUGAGAUGAUCUUCCGGGGAACAGGAGCGCUGAUAUUUGUCAUUGACUCCCAGGAUGAUUACAUGGAAGCCCUGGCCAGGCUGCACCUCACGGUGACCAGGGCCUACAAAGUGAACACUGACAUCAACUUCGAGGUGUUUAUUCAUAAAGUGGAUGGUCUGUCAGAUGACCACAAAAUCGAAACCCAAAGAGAUAUUCACCAGAGGGCAAAUGAUGACCUUGCAGAUGCUGGAUUAGAAAAAAUUCACCUCAGCUUUUAUCUGACAAGCAUAUACGAUCAUUCAAUAUUUGAAGCUUUUAGCAAAGUGGUUCAGAAACUCAUUCCACAACUCCCCACCCUGGAGAAUUUGCUAAACAUCUUUAUCUCCAAUUCUGGAAUUGAAAAGGCAUUUCUAUUUGACGUGGUCAGUAAAAUUUACAUUGCAACUGAUAGUACCCCAGUGGAUAUGCAGACCUAUGAACUCUGCUGUGAUAUGAUCGAUGUGGUCAUCGACAUCUCUUGUAUCUAUGGUCUCAAAGAAGAUGGAGCAGGAACUCCCUAUGACAAGGAAUCAACAGCCAUUAUAAAGCUGAAUAAUACAACAGUUCUUUAUUUAAAAGAGGUGACAAAGUUCCUGGCUCUUGUUUGCUUUGUCAGAGAGGAAAGCUUUGAAAGAAAAGGGCUUAUUGACUAUAAUUUUCAUUGCUUCCGGAAGGCCAUCCAUGAAGUUUUUGAGGUGAGAAUGAAAGUGGUGAAAUCGCGAAAGGUUCAGAAUCGGCUGCAGAAGAAAAAAGGAGCUACCCCCAAUGGGACCCCUAGAGUGCUGCUGUAGGUGAGGUUUCAGGAACAUCUUUUGAAAUCAGACCUUUCAAUGAGGCUGCUGCGCUGUGUUGCACUAGAGGAAGAGGAAGAAGGAGAUUGGGACACAUGACCUAUAUUUGUUGUAAAAAAAAAAAAAUUCCUGCAACCCUCUUGAUCUUCUCUUUUUUAAAUAAAGUAAGCACUUUGAAGCAAAAACUUGUAUAUUAACAAUGAAGUGGAAUCCACUGUAAUUUCAUUACCUAAUUGUAAACUUUUAUGGUCUGUAGUCAGAAAAAUCCUGUGUGAGAACUGCCAGGAACUGUAUAUAUUUUGCACUUUUUCAUGUUUUUUUCUCAUUGGACUAAACUUUGAUAAAACAACUUUUCUAAGCUUUUUUCUGUACUUGGUGUCGAGGACAUGCAUAGUGUCUGUAUAUGGCAAUCAGAAAUUAAUCAAAAAGCGAUGCAUUGGCAAUGACUUUUUAUAAAUUUGGGGAUCUUUGCUACCAAUUGUUGAGAAAAAUCAUUUUUCAGUGAGCUGGAACAGAUUGGGGCGGCAAGCUCCAGGAGCGAUAAGAACUGUCCUCUGUUUAUAACUGGCAUAAACAGUUUUGUAGAAUAAUAUUAGUACCAAACUAAUCUAGAAAUUUCUAUAGCCGUGGCAGUGCUUCCCUACUCAACAGUUUUUACGAAGCUCUUUACCUCAACACACAUCACUAUAAUCACUUUAUACAGAGGGGUUAUUUAUUUUUGCUGCAUUACCGUUCUUUAGAAUCUUUGGGACCAGAUUUCCAAGAUGGUGCCUAUCACUGGAGAAAAAGAAGAAUGUCGCUGAAUUGCAGGGUUUCUGGCGGCUUUUCUGUGCCUGCUGCCAGGCUAAAAAGUCACAUCAGAGGCCACAUCGUUUCCCAAAUGUAGGUGAUUGACAACUGCAGAUUUAAAAAUAUACAUAUACAAUUCUGUAUGUUUGCUCCCUGUGAAAUGAAAUGGGCUUGUUAUUGUGCAUCAUUUAAAAUGUUUAUUUAGGACUGUUUUUUUAUUGCUCCGUGACCACAGGGAAUGUCUCAGAUCUCUACCACAGAGCCUAAUCCUGGUGGGCACGUUUGUCACCUCUGAGUCUCCUCGUCUGUGACAGUGUGCCUUGUGGACUCUGCCUGUUCCCACCUUAUGAUGGAACUAGAGCUCAGCUUGCCAGCAGCAUGCUCUGCACAGCUGAAAAGCCUUCCUGAAAACCUCUAAGGCUCAGUGGAAGAGGAUGGCCAGAGGAAACGUUACAGUUAACUACGUAUUUGUUUCUAUGAAAUUCUUCCACUUAAUGUUUAUUUUAGGCUAAUAGCAAGUUAAAGGACUGCUAAAUCAACCCUCAUCCCAAACCAUUCCCCGUACAUAAUUCUAGGUCUAUCCCCAGGGUCAGUGCCCUAAGGCGUGCUGUGGGUAUUAGAAAAAAAAAUUUUUUUUAGCAGAGCCUCGUAGGGAUAUCACAGCUGGUCCCAACAAACUGUCUCAAGUUCCUAAAGCAACUAGUCCUUGAAACUAUCCCACUUCUGUAGCUUCUUUCCAUCCUCUCUCCUUCCUCUCCCCAUGUCCUAUUCCUUUGAGGCUGGUAACUGAAGUUUAAGAUGGUAGCUGAUUGGGGUUUAAGGUUUGAGCCCUCCCAAGGGUCUGUGCAUUUUAGAAGGAAAUUUCU